AUGGCGUCAACCUCUUCCUCAUCCUUGCUGCGCGUCUUCGGCCGCAGUGCUGCGCCCGCUCAAGCUCAGCGGCUUCGCAGUUGCCGUCAGUUCCAGCGACAUCUGACUCAGCAAGCCUCACCUCUUCAAGAGACCAACGCCGUCCGAGAGAUUCACAAGCUCAUGGCCGAGGUGAGAGGUGCACAUCCACAGAAACUCAAGCUUAGCAUGCCAAGUAAGUUGUCGUCUCGUGAUCCGCAACGUCUCCGACGUAUCCCCCGGCCGGUAGCUGACACGAACUUGACUCGGUUUCUGUCUCAAUCGUGCGCAAUGACAGCGCGGCUCGCGCCACGCAGAAGCUGGAUGAAGGAGAUGCAAUUUCAACAGCACCCAGCAGAAGGUACGAUUCAACCCGGAACAUCCGAACUCCCGGAAGCCAUGCUCAGACCAAAACGGAUGCAAGAUAGCUAUGUAGAGCUCUACCUACCCUUCACUGAAGACCCCGAGCUGCUCGAAAAGUACAUCGCUACGUCGGGCUUGAUUCGUCUCGGAAAAGUGCUCGAAGAUCUCGAUAGUCUAGCUGGUGGCAUUUCGUAUCAGCACGCUCUCGGAGGGCAUCCCAGCGAAGGAUCCGCACCAGUCUACAUUGUUACUGCUUCCGUCGAUCGACUCGAUCUGUUGGCUCCGCUUACUGCCGACGCCAACUACCGUCUCAGCGGCCACGUCAUCUACGUCGGCUCCAGUAGUAUGGAAGUAUUCGUCAGCAUCGAGCAGCUCACCGAACCGAUGCGGCCCAACAAGAUCUGCCUCACCGGUCGAUUCACCAUGGCAGCCCGAAACGCCCAUACGCUAUCGAGUCAGCGCAUCGCUCCUCUCAUCCUCGAAACCGAUGCCGAGAGGGCUCUGUUCGCCAUGGGAGAGGCACACAAGAAUCGCAAACGUACCGAGGCCGCCUCUUCGCUUGAAAAAGUACCGCCGAGCAAGGAGGAAGCCUUUCUACUUCACAGUCAAUACCUUCGCGGCCUCCAAGCAGGCAUGUUUGCCACCGACGACUUGCACGGUCCUGCCAUGAAGCUCGAGCCCGUCGAUCAUCCCAACGGCGCCACGCUCGUGCCCGUCCGCAAGACGAGCUUGAGCACCACCAUGCACAUGCACCCUCAACAACGAAACGUCCAUCAGAAGAUCUUUGGUGGCUUCCUGAUGCGAUCCGCUUACGAGCUUGCUUGGAUGGUGUCCGCUUCCUUCGUCAACCGACACGUCCAGUUCCUUUCGCUCGACGCACUGUCCUUCCAUGCGCCCGUCCCCAUCGGUGCAAUGCUUCAGCUCUCUUCCCAAAUUGCCUACACCUCGGAACCGGACCAACAUCCCCAACGUCACACCAUCGCCGGCGUCACCGUCCUCGCAGAGGUGGUUGACCUUGAAACAGGCGAACGUAAAAAGAGCAACACUUUCCACUUCAGCUUUGAUCUUGGAGAAACUGAUCACCAGGUGCUACCACAAACCUACAAGGAGGCCAUGGAGUUCAUCGAGGGCAAGCGUCGUGUCGAGAUCGGCACCGAGAUGCGUCGACUCUACCAAGGAGAGCAGCAGGUCGAACAGCCGCCGCAGUGA